UCAAUGAAGGUCUGAGAAGCACCCCUGCUCCACCUCGGCCGCCUCGUGCACCACACUGCCAUAAUUGCCAUGGUGCCGCUCGGUGGCGAGUGUUGGGUCUCGUUGGAUGAAUCGCUCGUAGAUGGACAGCAGGCGCUGCUCGGUCUCAGCAGACGGCGGACCUGACACACAGCCAAAAGAUCGAACACGAUGUGGAUUCCAUAGUGGCUUCUCUGUGCCAUUCUUCAGUCAUUCUUUCCUUACCCAUCUCGCGGGGGAUGUGCGGCAGGCGCAUGAGCAUGCAUCCCUGCAGAUUGACGUGCCGAGCAAGGAGCACAUCCACAACCAUGACAUUCGCACCAAAGAGCGCCAGUUGGAUGGGUCGCUGCGGUCUCGAGUCUGCGCCAGUAUCAAUGCUCGCGCCGCCAUCGAUGAGGGCAGGGCCACGGUGGGGCGAACGCUGGACUGACGAUGCGUUGACGGCCGAGAGGCUGGAGGGUUCAGAUGGUUCCUGGAAGGGGUCCGCUCCGACUUGAUCGGCUCGUGCUCGUCCGAUGCGACGCAGCGGGGGCGACAAGAAUGGUCGACCGUCGGCCGGAACAUGACAGACUAUCGGUGGCCGGAGUUGCGGCGGCAGGGAGGGCAUGCGUGGCGGUCGAAGAGUGUGCGAUGAAUGGGCAGGGGCGGGGCAGAAAAACGGAGGGCGCUGAGCAUGAUAAGCUGCAUGAUCAAUGGCUGAGCCGCCAGGGACGUACUGUGGAAGGCUCAAGCUGCAACACAACACAACACAACACGUAAGACCAGAAAAAAACGAAUGAGUGAACGUCAGAUUGUUUUCUGCCCUCCAUCGCGUCUGGAGUCGUCUUACUGAUGCGGAGGCGUCACGUUCUGAUUCGUCCAUGACAGGUUCAGCGUCAACGGGCCUCUGGAGGGUGCGGGCGGUCCUCUGGCCGCAUCGUGGCGGCCAAGCAGCGGCCUCCCGGAUGGAAAGGGAUACAUCACUCACUCCAUGCAGCUCUCUGGAUGAGCUCCAGCACACCUGCAUGGACCACGCACAAGCCGAUGUAUCAGAGUUGGUACUGAGCCAAUUUGGGCUGGGCAUUCACCUGAGAGGAGUGAAUUAUGACAGAUAAGAGUGCUCUUCCUUCGACGCAUGUCAAAUUUUC